CGGAGUACAGUCGGGGAGCUUCGCUCGCCCAAGUCAAGUGUUAGCGGCGACAGUUCCUCGCCAGGCAACACAUGAAGGAGCGGUUUGUCUGCGUGCUCUGAUUUCAAUGGCGUUCAAGCGGGUGGUAUUCUGGGUGACGCGGGCGGUUGCCCGUCUCUUUAGGGCAUAGGAUCGAUACCCUACGCACGAUUGUUGCUGUCGCUCACUGCGGUUCAGUGUAGCGACUACAUUUAGUAACGACUCAUGAAUGUAACGAAAGAUCGUAAUCUACAAAAUGUACUUUUGCUCUCACGAAACUUCAAUUCGUGUCUCUGCUCUCAGUUCACCAGAAACGCCAGGUUCUGGUUGUACCUUUCCGCGCAUAUCAAGCACAGAGCGGUGCGCGCAGCAUGGUCGUAGACUGCGGCAUCGACACACGCUACCGGGAUGCUGUGAGUGCCGUCGACACCUUGACAUCCUGCUCGCAGCGCGCCCACAGCGGGCUCUUCGCGUGCGUUCUGCACGCAGGGACAACAUGCAGAAUGGGUACUCGAGACAUCAGGGUGUCGAGAAACAUAAUUUACGAGAAGAGCUAGCUGUGAUGCAUGCCAUAUCGUCCACCGGACUGCGGCGCGUGAAAGGGCUAGGCACCACAGUCCGAUGUGAAGCCGCGAGCUGUCGCGCACGGCACCUAAACUUCGUUUCGAGAUUGACGACCAAUGGUGCUGCGACGCCCUCGACUCUGCGCGUCUCCGCACCGUCUCGUAGUGCUGGGCACCAAUCAAUGGGAAAUAAGCAUCUGCAUACAGUUUGAAUGUGGGUGGCCUAAAUUCUUGCUCCUGUGUACAUCUUAUUUGUAGGGCUUUACGUCUCCGGCCUCAGGGCGCAUCGAGGGUGUGGUGGUAUUCGAUGAGGAAUGCCGCACGCAGAACGCUCUAGUCUAAAUGCACAGGUGGGAAAGGCUGUGAUC